AUGGCCAAGAAGAACGGGAAGCAUCGAGCAUGGUCCGUGCCUCUUGGUGGCCUCAGAGACCCCAUCCCACUGCACAGACUCCUGGUCGAGACCCUUCUCUUGCUUGUCACCUGGUCCAGGUUGGAGCCACAGAUGCCCACCGACUCCCUGGCUGGGUCUGGAUUCUUCCUCGUGCCUUUCCUCCCAGAACAGUCCCUGCAGUCCUGGGCAUCGGGCCUGGAAGGUCAGCACCACCCCCAGCAGCACCAUGUCCUGGGGGAACUGCCUGACCUUGGAACUCACGGCUUUUCCUUUAAACCAGCCCCUCGCCUCCUAUAA